AUAAAACAACGAAUAAUAUUAGCAUCAUUAAGCAAUACUUCAUAUAAUCAAUUACAAAACAGCAAUGGACAAUUUAACACAUUAAUUUAUUCUUUCUGGUUUAAUGAUUAUACUCAGUUUGAAAUAUCUAAUAAUGCUGAAGAUAAUUUGAAUGAAUUAUCAAUUUGGAUUGAAUUAUACAAAUCUGUUAAGCUUGAAAAUGGACAAAGGAUUUAUGCUACAAAAAAUUUUUAUCAAAGGUCACAUUUCGCUAAU